AUGCAGAUCCACAAUUUAGAGUUAGGUUCCAUUCAAUGGAAAGUGAUCAGGGUCAACAAGUAUCAUCCUGAUUCUUCCUUGCUUUCUCCUUUAUCUAAAGGCAAAAUUCUCAAGACGAUGAACCAGAUGAAGCACAAUCUAAAAGGGCUGUUUCGGGCAAGAGAUUGGUUAGAAAAUGGCAAAAAGCCACUUCAAACAAGCUUGGUUCCGUAUUGUGGAGCUCUUUCUAUCGUCGAGAGAGCCCAGAUCGCAAAUUGGUUUCUGUGUCACAUCAGCAAAAAUGCAGAGACCUGGCUCAGGCACUUACCACUAGCUCAUGUGUUCACCCUUUACACUGCAGAACAUAUCAAAAAUGAACCAAAGUUGAAGGUACUCACAAAGCCAGAAAUCAUCAACGAGGCUUGGAGGAUCCAAUUUACAAGUAUCCCUUCAGUCUUGUUCGACAUUGAUGUUGAACACGAGGCCUUGGAGAAUCUGGAGACCGAGAUGUUUGAGGUUUCAAGAGCUGCAGGGAUUGCGAGUUAUUAUCAAUGGGGCUUGGACGCAGGACAUCACCAAGAUUGGGAUCCGUAUGCAAGGAUGGAAGACUUGAAUAACCAGGAUUGUCCCGGAGAUGAUGAUGAUCUUCAGUCCCGGAGUGCAGUAGCCAGUACAAUAUCUGUGAUCAACGCCGCCUGGGCCCGGGGCAGAGUAGAUGAGUGGGGCGAGGCAGAGGAGUAUGGCGGUCAAGGUGAACUUCAUGAUAAUAUGGUUCUAGACGGGUAUUUGUACGGAGGCUUUAUGAAAGCCAUAUCGCGAUGUGUCCCCGAUUUGUCACCAAAGUAA